ACUGCUCGUGCAGGGCAGUCCCCUGCCGCAGAUCGGUGCCCGGGCGCGCAACGGCCGCGCGGGGGCGCACGGCGCCGCAGCCCCUCCGGACCCCGGCCGGGGCGCGCCCUGGGAGGCCGGGUGGGAGGGGCCGCGCCGGGCUCCCCCCGCCCCUCCUCGCGGGCCCCGCCGCUUCCGCUCGCCCAGGGGCCGCCCGGGGAGCCAGGACGAGCCGCCUGGGCUUUGCGUAGCCGGCAGCUCGGGGGCUCCAUCCCACACCCUCCGCACAUGAGGCCAUGAGGCACCCACUGGACCAGGGCCAGGUCACCCCUCCCUGCCCCUUACCCCAUCCAGGAGCUCCCUGCUGUCUCACAUCUGGGAGCUGAGGGAGCCCUGGAGGCUGGGGGCCUGCCUGUGAGGGGGUGCCUCUGCCGGGCACCAGCUCCAGCUCCCACCAGCCACACCCUCUGCAAGGUCUCAUAGAAUACUGGACAGAACUGAGCUGGUCCCCAUUACACAAAUGGGGAAACUGAGGCCAGAGAAAGAGGAGCACCUGGCCCCCGGCUAUACCAGAAGACCCCGCUCCCUCUGGAACCUCUUGCUUCUGCUGUGGACCUUCCUGAAUUGUGGUUUGGAGGGCAACGCUCAGGGUCCAGGUGAGUGGACGCCAUGGGGUUCCUGGAGUCGCUGUUCCAGCUCUUGCGGGCGAGGGCUCUCAGUGCGCAGCCGGAGAUGUAUCCGGUUUCCAAGGGAAGAACUGUGCUGGGGGGACACCCAUGAGUACCGCCUCUGCCAGCAGCCUGACUGUCCCCCAGGGGCCAUGCCAUUUCGAGACCUCCAAUGUGCCCUCUACAAUGGCCACCCCAUCCUAGGCACCCAGAAGACCUACCAAUGGGUGCCCUUCUAUGGUGCACCCAACCAGUGCGACCUCAACUGCCUAGCCGCGGGGCACGACUUCUAUCACAGCUUCGGUCGCGUGCUGGACGGUACCCCCUGCAGUCCGGGCGCCCAGGGACUCUGCGUGGCUGGCCGCUGCCUCAGUGCCGGCUGUGACGGUUUGCUGGGCUCCGACGCCCGCGAAGACCGCUGCGGCCGCUGCGGCGGCGCCAACGACUCGUGCCUCUUCGUACAGCGCGUGUUCCGCGACGCCGGUGCCUUCGCUGGGUACUGGAACGUGACCCUGAUCCCCGAGGGCGCCAGACACAUCCGCGCCGCCCACCGGAGCCGGAACCACCUGGCGCUGAUGGGGGGAGACGGGCGCUACGUGCUCAACGGGAACUGGGCGGUCAGCCCGGCCGGGACCUACGAGGCAGCGGGCACCCGCGUGAUUUACACCCGCGCCACAGGGCCGGAGGAGACACUGCGCGCCGCCGGGCCCACCUCCGAAGACCUGCUCCUGCAGGCGCAGGCUCAGGUCUUGGGCUGGUCCCCGCGGCAGCCUCAGCCUCGGGAGGUAGACCCUCAGCCCCUUGAGUCCCCCACUGUCAUCCCUCCAAGGACCCCGAUCCCCACUCCAGAGCCCUGUCCACCCUGCCCGGACACCCGCGGUCGUGCCCACCGGUUGCUCCACUAUUGCGGCAGUGACUUCGUGUUCCAGGCCCACGUGCUGGGCCGCGUCCGCCAGGCCCAGGAGACCCGCUAUGAGGUGCGCGUGCAGCUCAUCUACAAGAACCGCUCCCCACUGAGGGCCCUGGAGUACGUGUGGGCUCCAAGCCGCUGCCCUUGCCCCCCGCUGGCCCUCCAUCGGGACUACCUGCUGGCUGCCCGGCGCCUCAUUAGCCCUGAUGGCACCCAGGACCGGCUGCUUCUCCCCCAUGCUGGCUAUGCCCGGCUCUGGAGCCCCGCCGAGGACAGUCGCGUGCGCCUGGCUGCACGGCACUGCCCUCUCUGAGACGCCAGACAAGACCUUGGCCACACAUGGGUGACUAGUCUAAGUCAGCAUAUGUCUCCUCUUUCCAUAGCUUCCAGGGAGCUAGGAACUGUUUGUCUUCCACCUGCAGCUCUAUGACUCCCAUCAUCACACUCAGAUACCCCUACCUUCAGAGCCACUGUCACCAGCAGGUCCACACUGGUGAGGACUCAAUGAACAGACUUUUAAUUCUGGUUUCGUCUCUCACCUUGGCUGCCAGGAAAUGCAUAGCUGUUCUACACCCAGAGAAUUUGUGUCUGCUUUUAUUCCCCUUGCUUCACACUCAUGUGCUCAGAGACAUUGUCACACACAAGCCUGGUCCCAGGAAAACAUGCCUAAAGAGACGUGGUAAUGGUUUUCCCUCUUGUCCUGCCUACCAGGAAGUUCAUCACUGUUUAACCCCCGACACUCUCUCCUUUCAGGCUGCUACUUACACACGCACUCUCAUAUUUUCAGAGACACUGUCACAAACAGGCAUGACCCCCAGAAAACAUGCCUACCCAGGCACUGUAACAUACCAAUUUCCCCUUUUGCCCUUGCUACCAGGAAGUUCACAGAUAAUCUUAACAGCUUCAGCAAUUUGAGGGUGGGGUGGGCUUUCCUCCAGGCAACCCUCCUGUUCACCCCUUUUUUUAUUCCUAUUUAAUUUUUACAAGAGCUGUUUUUUUAAAAAAUAAAAAAACAAGCCCAGUUACA